GUUGAUGUUGAAGAUGAGGUGUGGAAGGCUUUCCAUAACCAUUAUUGUCCGUAGUGCCAUUUUGUUGUUGUUGUUGUUGAUGAUGAUGAGGAUGUUGAUGAUGACCAAAAGUAGGAUCCACCGACUUGAUAUUGGGCAAAUGAGGACUAUUUCGUUGAGAAGGAGGGUUGCUACUACUGGUACUACUACUAUUUUGAGGAGCUUGUUGUUGUUGUUGUUGUUGAACAGUGGCAUAAGGGUGAUGAGGAGUGAGAGUAUGAAUCUGUUGAUGUGUAGGUUGAGGGGUACCCUGCUGUUGCUGUGGGUGAUGUGAUUGAUGCACAAGAUGAUUAGGAGGAGGCAAAGGAGAUUGCUGUUGAGCAUUUAUAUUUUGUGUGGAUGUGUUACUAUGGGUAGUGGCUGCUGUAGAAGUAGGCGUAUUCGUAGCCGUCGUUGUGGUAGUAUGUGUAGGAGUAGGAGUAGAUGUAGCAUUAUUCGCAUUAUGGUUGGGUGUCGUCGCUUGUUGAUAGUAGAUCUGAGGACUAGCGGCAGGAGAAGAUUGGUGCAUCAUAUGUUCAUUACGUGAUUGCAUCAAAGCAGGUGGAUGACCGGUGUGCUGUUGAGGGCUCUGUUGAUGUGCUUGUUGUUGAGGCUGCUGCUGCUGC